AUGGCACCAACCGAGUCUCAAGUCUUUGCGCGCAGCUUAGACGCACUCAACUCCGCUGCCAUGAACAUCGUCCACGCGCGACGCGAGAUCACGCAACCAAAGCUAAAUCGGCGCGGCCUGGACGUCAACAGCACGCAGAAAGCCACCUUGGGCGUGAUAGUCGCUUAUAUCGUCGUGAUCGCGCUGCUGUGGAAUCUGCCGUAUGUGCGAUGGGUGUUGUGGCCUUUCAAGAUGCUCGUAAUAGCCUUCCACGAAUUCUCCCACGCAAUCACGUCCUGCUGCACGGGCGGGCGCGUGGAAUCCAUCUCGCUGGAUCCGCACGAGGGCGGCGUGACGCACAUGCGGGGCGGAAUCUCCGCCAUAACACUGCCCGCGGGAUACUUGGGCUCGUCGCUCAUCGGUGGCGAGCAUUGCGCUCGCCGUGUGUUUUCUACUGACCCUGUGGUGGGCACGGAAGGAUUGGUUGACGAUCGUGACGAUUGGAUUGAGCGUGGGGCUUGCGACGAUCUGAUCCUGCGAAAGGUCAACAGUUCUGAUGCCAGUGUGUUUGCGAAAAGAUACGGCGGUUCUUCUCAAUGCUGGGGUGUCAUCUGGUCGGUCAUAUCACUGACGCUCAUGGUCAUUUCAAUUGUUGCCGGAAUCGCCGCAUUCCAUCAAUCUUUUGACCAGCAAGAGAAGGAUUCUAAGAAGUUUAUCCCGACUUUUUGA